AUGCUUUCUAACAAACUAUUCUCCUUCACAUCCUGCUCAACUGGAUUGUUGUUGAGGUUUUGUCUGCUAGUUCAAGUUCUGUUACUGGGACUCACAAGUGCAGCUGUUGUCACAACCACAGAGACUGAUUGGUUACAUUCAGCAACAAGUACAGUCACCUCUACCACCACUUAUACAGGCGAAGACGGUUCCUUGAGUUCGGAUACAUUGUACAUUGUACACGUAUCACCAUUUUAUAACACGGUCAAAUUUGUAACGUGGACUGGUACCUAUACGUCAUGGCAUGUUUAUGCUACAUCCACUAGAAGAGGUGGCCCAACAUCAACAUAUUAUUCUAUUUACGUUCCUUUCAAAGAGGACGAUACAACAUACAUAAUUCAAGGUACAGACCAGGGCACUGAAGAUGUCACAACAACAUAUUCUAUUUUGCAACAAAGUGCACUAGGUGAUGAUUAUACGUAUACAAUUGAAAAUAUCUUCUACGUUCAAAUUCCAUACUAUCGCUCAACGUCCUUAAUUGUAUCUCUUGUAGAUACUUCAAGUUCGGCAAAAUUCACAUCAUCAACUGUAAGUACUAACGUAGGAUCCGAUGAUUAUACUACUUUGAUAACAAUCUAUAAUGUUAUAGUGCCUACAAAUCUUCAAUCUUCGACCUCGCAUGAUUAUAUCACAACAGAUAUAUAUUCUGAUGUUGAAAUUACCUACUCAACGACAAUAUUUACAACAAUUGAUACUGACAAUAUAACAGUUACGGAAACACUUUACUACGUAGCUAUUCCGGACAAUUUAUUACACAGAACUUUCACAUCAACUUCUUUGACUGAAAUAAGUGAUACAGAAAAGAGCAUUCUAUCAUCUUCUCUUACAACAUAUACUGGUACUAAUCAAAUAGAGACAACAGAAACUUACUAUUAUGUGCUUUUCGCGAGUAAUAAUAUAUAUUCUACAUCUGUACAAAAGGAUUGGUUCCUUAAUAUCGGGACUUCUUAUACUAGCGCGACUAGUCUAAGGACAUUUACUUAUGAAGAUGGUGAUGUAGAUGUACAGACAAUAUAUUAUGUUUAUACACACAACCAGUAUGAGGCUGUAUCUUUUGUAACAUGGGAUUCAAGUUAUACAUCUUGGUUCUCAACAUUUACGGAUGCUGGUUUUGUUGGAGAAACAUAUACUUACUAUUUUGUUUAUGUGGGAGUAACUACAUCAACUAGCACAAUUAUUACACAAGGUACUGCUUAUGGUACAGGGACUACCACUUACUCAACUACAACUUCUCAAAUAACAUCCGGUAGCAAUAUUGGUAGUAGCAUUUUCAUUGGUCCCGACUAUCUAAUUUCCUAUGUGGUUUAUAUUUAUGUAGAAAUCCCCUAUUCUUCAGCUGUAACCACAUUAACUACUACGAGUAACUUUUCAGGAUCAGAAAAGUACACGGUUACAACUGAAAUCAAGACGGUAACAGGCGACGAUGGCUUACAGACCAUAGACACAACAUAUUAUGUUGCAAUUCCAACCAAUUUAUUACAUUAUACUACAACAGUUCCGUGGACUGCCACUUAUUCUACGACUUCGAGCUUUUUAACGGUUACAACAGGUGCAGAUGGUUCGUCUACUACGGGAACUUAUUAUUUGGUUCAAACACCAAUUAGAACCUUAGAAUCAACAUCUUAUUCGGGAUGGAGCAAUUCUUUCCAGACUACGGUCAACUCUAUAACAACCACAAUAAUCGGAGAUGAUGGUUUGGAAACCACAGAAACAAUAUACAUUGUUUAUAACCCAACAUACAUUUUCACAACUACUACUUACAUUGACGGCACGGUAACUGGAGACGUAACAGUCUCAACCAUUAGUAAUAUAUACACGGGUGAAGAUGGAACCGAGACAACUGAAGUGAUUUUUAUCAUAAAGACUAGCACAACUGAAACGAACGAACAUCAGAGUACCGAAGAAUCGUCCCUCGCCACAAUAUCGACUGAAGAAACCAGUGUAAUACAACAUACCUCCGAAAAACAAACUUCAAUUACCGUUACUACAGAAUCUGCUACAGAAUCUUCUGAUAUCACCUCUGCUGACUCGUCAAUUGAAAGCACGUCAGCUGAGACGUCUGAAGAGUCGUCUAUUGGGCCUUAUGAGACCAGCUCCGCCGAAUCCUCCAUUGAAAGCACGUCAGCUGAGAGGUCUGAAGAGUCGUCUAUUGGGAGCUUCCGUACUAGUACACCGUCCGCGUUCGGACCGUUCGUUCCUAACUUUAGGAAACCGACCGUACCAAGGGACGGUAAGGACGGUCUGAAGAGUCGUCCAUUGACUCUUAUGAGACCAGCUCCGCCGAAUCCUCUAUUGAAACCACGUCAGGCUGAGAGGUCUGAAGAGUCGUCCAUUGAGCUUCUCGAUGUCACCUCCGCCGAAUCCUCUAUUGAAGGCACGUCAGGCGAGACGUCUGAAGAGUCGUCCAUUGAGUCUUCUGAGACCAGCUCCGCCGAAUCCUCUAUUGAAACCACGUCAGCUGAGACGUCUGAAGAGUCGUCCAUUGACUCUUCUGAUGUCACCUCCGCCGAAUCCUCUAUUGAAACCACGUCAGCUGAGACGUCUGAAGAGUCGUCCAUUGAAUCUUCCGAUGUCACCUCCGCUGACUUGUCAAUUGAAACCACGUCAGGCGAGACGUCUGAAGAGUCGUCCAUUGACUCUUAUGAGACCAGCUCCGCCGAAUCCUCUAUUGAAAGCACGUCAGCUGAGAGGUCUGAAGAGUCGUCCAUUGAGUCUUCUGAGACCAGCUCCGCCGAAUCCUCUAUUGAAAGCACGUCAGCUGAGACGUCUGAAGAGUCGUCUAUUGGGCCUUAUGAGACCAGCUCCGCCGAAUCCUCUAUUGAAACCACGUCAGCUGAGACGUCUGAAGAGUCGUCCCUUGAGUCUUCUGAGACCAGCUCCGCCGAAUCCUCUAUUGAAAGCACGUCAGCUGAGACGUCUGAAGAGUCCACCAUUGACUCUUCUGAGACCAGCUCCGCCGAAUCCUCUAUUGAAAGCACGUCAGCUGAGAGGUCUGAAGAGUCGUCCAUUGAGUCUUCUGAUGUCACCUCCGCCGAAUCCUCUAUUGAAACCACGUCAGCCGAGACGUCUGAAGAGUCGUCUAUUGACUCUUAUGAGACCAGCUCCGCCGAAUCCUCUAUUGAAAGCACGUCAGCUGAGACGUCUGAAGAGUCGUCCAUUGAGUCUUCUGAUGUCACCUCCGCUGACUUGUCAAUUGAAACCACGUCAGGCGAGACGUCUGAAGAGUCGUCCAUUGAGUCUUCUGAGACCAGCUCCGCCGAAUCCUCUAUUGAAAGCACGUCAGCCGAGACGUCUGAAGAGUCGUCCGUUGAGUCUUCUGAGACCAGCUCCGCCGAAUCCUCUAUUGAAACCACGUCAGCCGAGACGUCUGAAGAGUCGUCCGUUGAGUCUUCUGAGACCAGCUCCGCCGAAUCCUCUAUUGAAAGCACGUCAGCUGAGACGUCUGAAGAGUCGUCUAUUGGGCCUUAUGAGACCAGCUCCGCCGAAUCCUCAAUUGAAACCACGUCAGGCGAGACGUCUGAAGAGUCGUCCAUUGAGUCUUCUGAUGUCACCUCCGCUGACUUGUCAAUUGAAACCACGUCAGGCGAGACGUCUGAAGAGUCGUCUAUUGAGUCUUCCGAUGUCACCUCCGCUUACUCGUCAAUUGAAACCACGUCAGGCGAGACGUCUGAAGAGUCGUCCAUUGAGUCUUCUGAUGUCACCUCCGCUGACUUGUCAAUUGAAACCACGUCAGGCGAGACGUCUGAAGAGUCGUCCAUUGACUCUUAUGAGACCAGCUCCGCCGAAUCCUCUAUUGAAAGCACGUCAGCUGAGAGGUCUGAAGAGUCGUCCAUUGAGUCUUCUGAGACCAGCUCCACCGAAUCCUCUAUUGAAACCACGUCAGCUGAGACGUCUGAAGAGUCCUCCAUUGAGUCUUAUGAGACCAGCUCCGCCGAAUCCUCUAUUGAAAGCACGUCAGCUGAGACGUCUGAAGAGUCGUCCAUUGAGUCUUAUGAGACCAGCUCCGCCGAAUCCUCUAUUGAAAGCACGUCAGCUGAGACGUCUGAAGAGUCGUCUAUUGAAUCUUCCGGUGUCACCUCCGCCGAAUCCUCUAUUGAAAGCACGUCAGGCGAGACGUCUGAAGAGUCAUCCAUUGAGUCUUCUGAUGUCACCUCCGCUGACUUGUCAAUUGAAACCACGUCAGGCGAGACGUCUGAAGAGUCGUCUAUUGCGUCUUCCGAUGUCACCUCUGCUGACUCGUCAAUUGAAAGCACGUCAGGCGAGACGUCUGAAGAGUCGUCCAUUGACUCUUCUGAGACCAGCUCCGCCGAAUCCUCUAUUGAAAGGACGUCAGCCGAGACGUCUGAAGAGUCGUCCAUUGAGUCUUAUGAGACCAGCUCCGCCGAAUCCUCUAUUGAAAGCACGUCAGCUGAGAGGUCUGAAGAGUCGUCCAUUGAGUCUUCUGAGACCAGCUCCGCCGAAUCCUCUAUUGAAAGCACGUCAGCUGAGAGGUCUGAAGAGUCGUCCAUUGGGAGUUCCGAUGUCACCUCUGCUGACUCGUCAAUUGAAGGCACGUCAGCUGAGACGUCUGAAGAGUCGUCCAUUGAGUCUUCUGAGACCAGCUCCGCCGAAUCCUCUAUUGAAACCACGUCAGCUGAGAGGUCUGAAGAGUCGUCCAUUGAGUCUUCCGAUGUCACCUCCGCCGAAUCCUCAAUUGAAGGCACGUCAGCUGAGACGUCUGAAGAGUCGUCCAUUGAGUCUUAUGAGACCAGCUCCGCCGAAUCCUCUAUUGAAAGCACGUCAGCUGAGAGGUCUGAAGAGUCGUCCAUUGAGUCUUCUGAUGUCACCUCCGCCGAAUCCUCUAUUGAAAGCACGUCAGCUGAGAGGUCUGAAGAGUCGUCCAUUGAGUCUUAUGAGACCAGCUCCGCCGAAUCCUCCAUUGAAAGGACGUCAGCCGAGACGUCUGAAGAGUCGUCCCUUGAGUCUUCUGAGACCAGCUCCGCCGAAUCCUCUAUUGAAACCAGGUCAGCUGAGAGGUCUGAAGAGUCGUCCAUUGAGUCUUAUGAGACCAGCUCCGCCGAAUCCUCUAUUGAAAGCACGUCAGCUGAGAGGUCUGAAGAGUCGUCUAUUGGGACUUCCGAUGUCACCUCCGCCGAAUCCUCUAUUGAAACCACGUCAGCUGAGAGGUCUGAAGAGUCGUCCAUUGGGACUUCCGAUGUCACCUUUGCUGACUCGUCAAUUGAAGGCACGUCAGCCGAGACGUCUGAAGAGUCGUCCAUUGAGUCUUCUGAGACCAGCUCCGCCGAAUCCUCUAUUGAAAGCACGUCCGCUGAGACGUCUGAAGAGUCGUCCCUUGAGUCUUCUGAGACCAGCUCCGCCGAAUCCUCUAUUGAAAGGACGUCAGCUGAGACGUCUGAAGAGUCGUCCAUUGAGUCUUAUGAGACCAGCUCCGCCGAAUCCUCUAUUGAAAGCACGUCAGCUGAGACGUCUGAAGAGUCGUCCAUUGAGUCUUAUGAGACCAGCUCCGCCGAAUCCUCUAUUGAAAGCACGUCAGCUGAGAGGUCUGAAGAGUCGUCUAUUGGGACUUCCGAUGUCACCUCUGCUGACUCGUCAAUUGAAGGCACGUCAGCUGAGACGUCUGAAGAGUCGUCCAUUGAGUCUUCCGAUGUCACCUCCGCUUACUCGUCAAUUGAAACCACGUCAGGCGAGACGUCUGAAGAGUCGUCCAUUGAGUCUUAUGAGACCAGCUCCACCGAAUCCUCUAUUGAAACCACGUCAGCUGAGACGUCUGAACAGUCGUCUAUUGAAUCUUCCGAUGUCACCUCCGCCGAAUCCUCUAUUGAAAGCACGUCAGCUGAGAGUGCUAAGCAAUCCUUCGUUGAAGCCAACUCAGUCGAGUCAUCUCAGCUGUUCUCCAUUGAUUCUUCCGAGGUUGUAUUUAUCUCUUCUAUUGAAUCUGAAUCUGAGGAGUCAAUUAUUACCUCAUCUCUUUACGAAAUAGAUUUAACAUCCACUAUUGAAUUACCGGUAUUAUCUUCUUCUAGUAUACUGCUAGUAAGUAGUAGUGUUUAUUCUCUUCCAUUAGUUACUAGUUCGGAUAGUUCUGUCUCGAUAUCAAUUGUUCAUACUGGCUUUUCCGAAAGCUCUUUAGAAUCAUCAAUAGAUCAAAUUUCUAGCUUCAAUGUGAUAUCCUCAGAAAGUAAUGCUUCGUCAAUUAGUGUAUCCGAAGUGGCUACUAGUUCCAGUAUUUUCACAACCACUUCCUUUAGUAGCGUUGACACGGGUUCUACGCAACAGAUAAGUUAUUCUUUCUUGUCGACUGCAUCUGCUGAGUCCACUGCUCAAUAUACAAACUCAUCAUCACUUAUUUAUAGCAGCAGUAGUUCAUGUUCACCAUAUAACUCAUUGGCUUCGUUAUACGAGGCUGUUAAUCCAGUAUUCGCAUCGACUCGUUCAUCAUUUACUAGCUAUACUACGAGUGGAUCCGAGUCCACUAUAUUCAUUCCAGAGCCAAGCACUAGCUUUAUCGUGGUUGGUACUUCCACUGAAACAGACUUGAUUUCUUUCUAUGUAACCACCAAUUCUGAGGGUUCCACUGUGCUAACUUCCACUACUUACAUUGUCAGUGAUACGGAAUCGAUCUCAUCAAACAAUUACGUUACGAGUGAUUCUAUAUCCACUUUCUCUACUGCAGUUUCCACCACCACGGUUGAUACUAGGAGUUCUUCUGUUAGUACAUCUAGUAGCGAUACUUCGAGUGGAUCCGAGUCCAUUAUAUUCAUUCCAGAGCCAAGCACUAGCUUUAUCGUGGUUGGUACUUCCACUGAAACAGACUUGAUUUCUUUCUAUGUAACCACCAAUUCUGAGGGUUCCACUGUGCUAACUUCCACUACUUACAUUGUCAGUGAUACGGAAUCGAUCUCAUCAAACAAUUACGUUACGAGUGAUUCUAUAUCCAUUUUCUCUACUGCAGUUUCAGCCGUAGCCACGACUUCAGAUAAUUCAAUUAUUUUGAAUCCAAGUAAUCUCAGUAGCAGCCAAUCAUCUAUUAUUUUGACGCUAAUUUCUUCUUCUUCUAUCGGUGACAGUAGUGGCUAUUAUAAGUCAUCAACAUCCGAUAGUAGAAGAUCCUUAAGUUCAUCUACGAAAGGCCCUCUAAACAGUGUAGCCUCAUCGUUGACUGUGAAUUCUCAAGGUGUGACUACAUAUAUUACUACAAUUUCUGGUGUUGAGACAACUUACACUACAUAUUGUCCAGAAUCAUCAAGGUCUUCGGAAAUAUAUAACGAAACUACAGUAAUCGAGACUAUUAGUAACAUAGUUACUACAUAUACCACAUACUGUCCUAAAUCCAGCGAUAACAGUGUUUCCAACACAGAGUCUGUUAUUUUCUCUGUUUCUGAUACCAAAGUUACAAUGAAUUCUAAUAGCAGUACAUCUGUCAAUGUUCCUACUCCAAGUACUUCUGCUAACACUGAUUCUAAUGGAUCAUCCACUGCAAAUAUUACUUCCUACUACCCCACAACUGACUCUAAUGGCUCUCGAAGCGUAUCAUCAAACAAAGAUUCUGUAACCUCUGGUAGUGUAUCGAUUAGCGUUCCUUCCUCAACUACCGUUAACAUUACCAGUUCUAAUGGGUCAUUAGCAACAAGCAUUAUAUCUUACUACCCAACAACAGACUCUAAUGGAAAUCCAACUAUAGGCUCUAGCACCUUCCCAGUUAUUUCAAAUGGGGUUAUGAGCAAUGCUCAAUCACCAACAAGAGCUACUAUUACUAGAUCUAACAAGUCAUCUACGAUCAAAACUGGUUCACACUACACAACUACUACGCCAAACCACAAUUCAGUAGUCAGCGAUGCCAAUUAUUCGGCUGAAUCAAAUAAUGAUGGUUUUUACACUAUAACUACGUCAAGUUACACUGCUUCGUUCGAGACUGUAUCUAGAAAUGUUUCGAUGGCUGAUUUAUCUUCUUACACCUCUUCUUCUUCAUAUGGGGGGUUAUCCACAUCGUCUCAUUCUAUGGAUAGCACCGUUUACUCGUCAGGUAGUUCUUCUGCACCGGAAGCCUCUGUUUUAUAUGAAGGUAUCGGUUCUAAUAUCACUCCAUAUAGUUUAUCGAUUAUUGCCUUGCUUGGUUUUAUUACUAUGACUUUCAUUGUUUAG